AUGUACGCGAAACAAAACAUGAUUCAUCUGAAUGCACCGUUGAAAAGAAGCGAACAACGAGCAGUUCGUCAAGUUGAUCCACAGUGUCGUGAUCAUCACUUCAAACCAGCUAUGAGUCAGGUCAGCAACUCCGUAUUACCGACAAUACAUCCUGAGCAAAAACAACAAACAACUGGUAGCGCAUCCUCAUCGCGUUCCUCGUCAGCUGAGCCGAAUCGUCCUAUUGCAGUCGUUGAGCAAUCGCUGUCGAUGGCUCGUGUCGAUUUGGGCAGUCGCUCGAGUCUAGUCGAAUCACCGCAUCACGGUACACCGAGAAGUGUGAAGUAUCGUAACAAAGUUAAUAAGUAA